AUGGCUCCGAUUGAUGAAGCGAUUGCAGAUUUAGAAUCGCGCGAUCCAGGAGAGAAAUUCACAUUAAAAGAAGUUGCUGAAAAAUGGGGGGUUAACCGCUCAACGCUAGGGCGAAGAUGGAGGCGCGUGACAGGGCCUAGGAGCGAUGGAUACGCUCAGCAGCAAGCUAUCGGCCCACAACAAGAGUUAGAGCUUGUACGAUAUAUCACUAAGCUCACUAAGCAAGGCCUACCUCCUACAAGAGAGAUGAUCAGGAAUUUCUCAUCAGAAGUAGCCCAUCAGCAGCUCAGCGAGAGCUGGGUUACUCGCUUCAUUAACCGACACGAGAUCUAUCUUAUCUCAAAGUGGACCACCGCCAUGGAUCGUACGCGCCACCUGGCUGAUUCUGAGUCAAAGUAUAGACUCUACUUCGAGCUGCUGCACCAGAAGAUCACCGAAUACCACCUAGAGGCUCGAGAUAUAUACAAUAUGGAUGAAAAGGGCUUCCUUAUUGGUAUGAUAGGCAGGAGUAAGAGGAUAUUUAGCAGGCGUCAAUGGGAUAAGAAAGAGGUUCGAGCAUCUCUCCAGGAUGGAUCACGCGAGUUUCUGACACUCCUGGCCUGCUGCUGCGCCGAUGGGAGCUCGCUGCCUCCAGCCCUUAUCUACGCAGCUAAAAAUGGAGCCAUACGAUCGAGUUGGGUGGAGGAUAUUAAGGCAGGAGAACAUGAGCUUGGCUAG